UCAAAGAAAAAUCAUGGAAGGGCUCAAGGCUUUCCAACAUAUGGUUGCAGUAUACACAACUCUGCUAGCUAUUUCAGUCAUUUCAGCUAAUGCGCAGAUCAGUACACCCUGCACUACCUCAAUGAUCAGCAGCUUCACGCCAUGCUUAAAUUUCAUCACAGGGAGCACCGGCGGCAACGGGUCUUCGCCAACAGCUGGCUGCUGCAGCUCACUAAGAUCACUCACGAGUACUACCAUGGAUUGUGCUUGUCUCAUAAUAACUGGGAGUGUUCCUCUUCAACUUCCCAUUAACCGAACACUGGCUAUCUCCCUCCCUCGAGCUUGUAACAUGGGAAGUGUGCCAAUACAGUGUAAAGCCUCUGGUACUCCCCUACCAGCUCCAGGUCCUGUCCUACUGGGGCCAACUCUCCCACCUCCAGCCGCUGCUCCCCUGAGUCCACGAGCUUCCAAAGCAGCAGCAGCAGCAACACUGGCUCCAGCACCAGAACCUGAAACAGCUAUAGAACUAUCACCGGCAUCCCCACCAGUGGAUUCAGAAACUCCAACAACAACCACUCCGGGAAUCCGACCAGUGCUUACACCAUCAGCUUCUAAUCCAUCUUACAUUUCUUCACCUCUCCUGUUAAUAGUUCUAGGAAUCAUGGUUCUCAAGUGCUACUAAGUUGUCGAGUACUCUAUUGUCUCAGGUGUUGUGUUCGAUCAUUUGUCGAUCUUUUCACUCCGUGGGUGACAUUCUAUAGCUUUGGGUUUGAUUUGAACUUGAUGAGAGCAAUAACAUGUCAUUUGUUGUCUUAUCUGUGAUAAAUAAAACUGAGUUAAUUGUUUGUUA